AUGAUAGUGCCUACUGGCCCGCCGGGCGCAUGCCGCGCACAACACACCGCACACCGCACGACCACACCCGACACGCGGCGCCCCAGCACAGCUACGCGGCGGCCGCGGCGAGCGUCCGACGUACAGUGCGCCCAGCGGGACGUGGCGCCGGCCGCUGGGGCGCGUGCGCGGACGACGCGCAACCGCGCCGCCCGCCCUCCCUGCAGUGCGCGCGUACCUAGGCAGGUGCGCUCCCAAUCAACCGCUAAUCCGGCGUUCAGAGCCGGCCUCGCCGUACGC